UUCCAAACUGCCAGCAUCAAGACAGAAUGCCAUUCAUUGGUAGUGGUGAUCAGCUGCCACGCCCAGAACAAUGCCUCAUUCAGAGCCUGACUGGCCAUCAACAAAACGCCAAAAGAUCGAUGCCGUCGUCAAGGCCUCGUCGGCACCGAAACAAGGCUCGGCCAUUUUUGCGCCGUUCCGAGCCAUCGGCCUAGUUUCUCCCACCGGCGUCCCGUUCACUUCAAUUCCCCUCGGCAAAACCACCUUCCAGAUCACCACCUCGGUCGGCCGCGCCCUGCAAACCUUCGACCUCAGGCGCGGCCUCAACCUCGUCUUCGUCACCCGCCCGCAGACACCCGCCGACAUCACCGCCACUUAUGCUUGGAAGGAGAGGGUCUUCGCUGCCUGGGGCGACCCGCGUAAUGGCGAGCCCCAGGGCCUGUGGGCCUUCCAGCGCGGCAAGAAGGCGGCCGAGCUGCAGCUACCAGCCGACUUGGACCAGCCCAUCAAGCAGAUUCUGAUCUUUGGCUCGUGGAUCGUCGCAUGCGCCUUGACAAGGAUAGAGGUGUGGAAGUCGGCGACCCUGGAACACUACACCAGCAUAUUCACCGCCGCCGCGAGGAAAGGAGACAAUGAGAUCACCGGGGGCGUCUGCAACAUGCCCACCUUCCUCAAUAAGAUCUUCGUCGGCAGGAGAGACGGCUGGGUGGAAAUUUGGAAUGUCAGCACGGCCAAGUUGAUCUACACCAUCUUGCCGCCAGCCCCCGAUUGUGGCGCUGUUACUUGUCUUCAGCCCUCGCCGGCGCUGUCGCUGCUGGCCAUUGCCUACUCCGAGGGGCCAUUAGUCAUACAAAACGUGCUCACCGACAAGCUCAUCCUCCGGCUGAACGCCGGCAAUGACGAUGCUCCCGUUACGUGCAUCUCGUUCCGCAGCGAUGGUCAGGGAGCGGGCGAAGACGGAAGAAAUGACGGCGUCAUGGCGACAGCCACCAGUGCCAGCGGAGAUGUCACACUCUGGGACCUCAACAAGGGCGGCAGGAUCAUGGGUGUGCUUCGAAGCGCACACAAUCCCCCGUCACACAACAAGGAAGUUCGUGGAGGUGUUACCAAGGUUGAGUUCCUGCCUGGCCAGCCCGUCAUUGUCACCAGCGGCCUCGACAACUCGCUUAAGUCGUGGAUCUUUGACGAGUCUCCUUUCUCGCCGGUGCCGCGCAUCCUGCACAUGCGCAGCGGCCAUGCAGCCCCAGUACGCUGUCUGCAAUUUCUGCCUUCCGAUUUCGACGGCGCCGAGGGUGGCAAUAAAUGGCUGCUCAGUGGCGGCCGCGACCGGAGUCUGUGGGGAUGGAGCUUGCGUCGCGAUGGACAGAGCUCCGAGCUGAGCCAGGGCGCAAUCCGCAAGAAGGCCCGAAAGAUUGGUAUUCUGGCUGGCGGCUCGCUCUCGCACGGGCCGACCACCACUCUGGACGACCUCAAGGCGCCGGAAAUCACCUGCAUUGCCUCUUCCUUGAACCGCGACGGCGGCAUGGGUGCCAUGCCAGGGAAGCAGAUGAUCUGGGAUAAAGGCGACGACAGAAACAAGCUGACGAGUGCGGAAAUUAGCAGCAUGACUGGCUGGGAGAGCGUUGUCACGGCCCACAAAGACGACCCAUGGGCUCGCACGUGGUUCUGGGGCAGGAAACGAGCUGGCCGAUGGGCUUUCAAGACGGGAGACGGAGAAAAUGUGUCAACCGUUGCCAUCAGCCCGUGCGGCAGCUUCGCGCUGGUCGGCUCGGCUGGAGGCAACAUCGACAUGUUCAACCUUCAGUCAGGGCGUCACCGUCAGCGGUUCCCUUCCCGACUCACGCCGGCGCAGCUCAGACAGCUGAAGAUGCAGCAGCUCAGGGCGCUGGACGAGGUCAACAAGCUGCAGUCGCGGGCCAACAACACAUUCGCGCCGGGAACAGGGAGACACACGAAGGCGGUGACCGGCAUCGUUGUAGACUCGCUCAACCGGACUGUCAUCUCGUGCUCGCUCGACGGCAAGAUCAAGUUCUGGGAUUUCGUCACAGGCAACCUGGUCCAUGAGAUUGACUGGGCACCCAUGACCAAGAUCACAGCCUGCCGGUAUCACGCAGCCAAUGACCUCAUCGCCUUUGCGUGCGACGACCACUCCAUCCGGGUUGUCGACGUGGAAACCAAGCGGACCAUCCGUGAGUUCUGGGGCUGCCGCGGCGAUAUCAACGAUUUCUGUUUCUCCAACGACGGCAGGUGGAUCGUUGCCGCCUCGCAGGACGCCGUCAUUCGCGUAUGGGACCUGCCCACGAGCCAUCUCAUCGAUGCCUUCCGGCUGGAGAAGCCGUGCACGGCGCUGGCGUUCUCAGCGACGGGCGAGUAUCUCGCUGGUGCGGUCGAAGGCGAUCUCGGGGUGCAAAUCUGGACCAACAGGACUUUGUUCAAGCACGUGCCCACGAGGCAGAUAUCAGACAAGGAAAUUGGCGAGAUCUCGGCGCCGACAGCCUCGGGCGAGGGCGGCCAGGGCCUGAUCGAGGCGGCCUUUGAGGCGGACGGCGAGAAGCAGGCCCAGGACGACGACGGCGUUACGGCGCCCGUGCUCGACCAGCUCAGCGCCGACAUGAUGACGCUCAGCCUGGUGCCCAAGAGCCGCUGGCAGACGCUGUUGCACAUCGAUCUGAUCAAGGCACGGAACAAACCAAAGGAGGCGCCCAAGGCGCCCGAAAAAGCGCCGUUUUUCCUGCCAUCGGUGGGCGGGUCGAAUUCGCUCGUACCUGCUGCGGAGGAGACUAAGGGGAAGGGCAAGGAGAGCGGACGGGGCUCGCGGUUGACGCAACUUGAUCGCACGCGGAAUCAGCAGGCGCUUACGUCGAAGCUGCUCGUGUGUGGGUCGACAGGGGACUACACGGACUUUCUCGAGCACCUCAAGUCUCUCCCGCCAGCGGCCGCCGACCUGGAGCUGCGCUCGCUGUCCAUCGGCGACGGCGACAACGCCUCCAACGAGCUUCUGCACUUUAUCAAGGCGCUGACGAGCAGGCUCAUUGCUCGACGCGACUACGAGCUGACGCAGGCGUGGAUGACGGUGUUUUUGCGGCUGCACUUUGACCUGGUCAUGGCGAACGAGUCGCUGUUACAGGCGCUAGCCGAAUGGAAGGAGUAUCAGGCAAGGGAGAGGGAGAGGCUGGAUGAUUUGGUUGGGUAUUGCGGGGGCGUUGUUGGGUUUUUGAGGAGUCCACGAACGUGAUGUAAGGUGGUGUUAGUGAAGAUGUUGACAGGGGCAGUAUUUGUUUUUGCAAUCGAAGCGAAGUCUAUUGCAGUCAUAUUUGGUUAUCUACAACGUCGUCAAGAUCUAGGUCUAUGUCAAUAGCCC